CGUUUGGCCUGGGCCUGGUGGCGGCUCGGGCUUUGACUGGAUGCGAGCCUAAAACCGGACCCGGAGGAGACGCGCUGAGCCAGAGGCGGGCCCAGUCAUGGCAGACUACUGGAAGUCACAACCAAAGAAAUUCUGUGAUUACUGCAAGUGCUGGAUAGCGGACAAUAGGCCUAGUGUUGAAUUUCAUGAAAGAGGAAAGAAUCAUAAGGAAAAUGUGGCAAAGAGGAUCAGUGAGAUUAAACAGAAAAGCCUGGAUAAGGCAAAGGAAGAAGAAAAGGCAUCAAAGGAGUUUGCUGCAAUGGAGGCGGCUGCCCUUAAAGCAUACCAAGAGGAUUUGAAAAGGCUUGGCUUAAAGUCAGACAUUUCAGAGGAAAUCAUACCACCAGUAGCCAGCACUGUACCACCUACCUCUUCAUCAGAUCAGCCAAAAGAAAAAAAGAAAAAGAAAAAAGAGCCUUCAAAAGAUCGAUGGGUAGAAGGCUUAACUUCUGAGGGUUACCGUUACUAUUAUGAUCUUAACACAGGAGUAACUCAGUGGGAGAAACCUGAAGAAUUUCAAGGAAGCUUGAAAAAGACAGCAUUGAAGACUGUUUGGGUUGAAGGAGAAAGUGAAGAUGGUCAUACCUAUUAUUAUAAUGCAGAAACAGGAGAAUCCAGAUGGGAAAAGCCUGAGGAUUUUAUUCCAUUGUCCGGUGGUUCGCCUUCUAGCAAGGUCAAUGAAAAGUCACUUGGCACCCCAGAAGAUUCCAAAUCAUCAGAUUCACAUAGUGAUUCCGAUGAGGAAAAGCAAGCAGAGAAAGGAGAUGUCUCAAUAGAAACACAAAAAACGAAAAUAAAGUUUACGAUAAAAAAGAAAAGUAAUGAUAAAGGAACUGAAUCCGAAAAACAAAAAGAUAAAAAAAGCCAGGAGCAGAAAUCAUCAGUUUCAAAAGAAGAAAAGCCCAAGGUUCCUAAAAAACCAACUCCAUAUGGAUACUGGCAAGAGAUUAAACAAGAAGUUGAGUCUCAGGAAGAAAUAGAUUUAGAACUUCCAACCACUGAAAAUGAUUAUGUGUCAUCUUUCGAAGUUGGUGCUGAUGAGGAACCCAGAGUAGUAUUUAAAGAGAAAACAGUCACUUCCCUUGGAGUCAUAGCAGAUGGAGUGGCCCCAGUCUUCAAAAAGAGAAGACUGGAAAAUGGGAAAUCUAGAAACUUAAGGCAACGAGGCGAUGAUCAAUAGUUGUCAGAGGAC